UUCGUAUGGUGGAUGGAGAGGGCAUGCCAAUGGGUUUCAUUUAUGAGGCCAUGGUUAGGGCCAAAGAGGCCAUUUCAUAUUACUAUCGUGGAAAUACAAGAAAAUGUGAAAUCCUUUGGCGCAUCAUUGAUCAGGUGGACAAACCAACUCCACCAACUGAUACAUGCCUUCGCCUACUUUUUGAACCCGAAAUUCUACUUCUCUGAUUCAUUUAGGGUUGAUGAGGAGGUCAUGGCAGGUGUUAUUACAUGCAUUGAUAAGAUGACCCCUGAUCCUAAGUUGAGAGACAAGGUUCUUGAUGAGUUGGAGAUCUACAAAAGUGCAGAGGGGAGACUCUUCUCAUCACAACUAGCAAUUGAUAGGAGAGGAAAACAACAACCAGAUUUAUAGUGGGAGAAUUAUGGUGCCGGCACGCCUAAUCUUCAAAAGAUAGCUAUCCGUGUUUUGUCUCAGCCAUGCAGUGCUUUUGGGUGUGAACGAAAUUGGAGUGUAUUUGAGAGCAUUCACACAAAGAAGAGAAAUAGAUUGUCACAAAAGCGGCUCAAUGAUCUAGUAUUUGUUCGGUACAACCUUCGCCUUCGAGUUAGAUAGGUGGAGGGUGUUUCACAUGAGGCAAUUGACUUGGAUGAAAUUGAUCCAUAUGGUGAUUGGACCAUGAAUGAACAAAAUGAUGGUGACGAUGUCCUCCUUACCGAAGAAGAAAUUGCAGAAAUAGAGAGAGCAGCAGCACAAGAUGCAGAAGGAGCAAGAUUGGAUGAAAUGGAGGAUGAAGAUGAGGACGAAGAUGAGGACGAUGAUGAGGACAAAGACUUUGAAGAAGAAUCAUCUCACCAUUUAGAUACCACAACACCCACUGCUACUACUUCUAGCUCAAGGCCUGAAAAAUUGAGCUAUAUCAGGAAAAAUACAAAGAGGAAGAUGUAGUCUUCUC